AGGGUUAUUUUAGCUAAUAUCUCCUUUGAGAAAGCACCUAAGAAUGAAGUAAUUACCAACAGAUAUUCAAACACACAUUGUGUCCAAACAUAGAGUCAAUUUUUCUUUUUUGUUUUGGCAGAUUCAUUCAGCCACACCCAAAUUUAUUGCAUAUAUAUUUAGGAAGACGGAACUCAGAGAAGAGAGAAGGUCCGUGCAGUGGUGCUUAUGGGUGGACCUGGAUCAAUAGUCAACACGUAGCUUGGCUUCAGUGCUGCGAUUGGAAAGCUAAAUCACCUCUCUUCCUCCCAAUCCCGCUCGGUCACACUUCAUUCCCAUUGUCCACCGGAAAUGAACAGACAUACCACCAUUAAAGCUGCUCUCUUUAACUCCAACCCUUCCUGUUACUUUUCUAAGGCUGCCCAUUUUCACUCCACUUCUGUCUUAGACCGUCGACGGCGCAAUUAUUGGGAAACUGUUAGCUUCUCUAAAAACAACUAUUAUUCCAAAAGGUUUCGGAAGCUUCAUGCAAAAGAAAACUUGCUGCGCAAUGUCAGUGCCUAUGCCGACUUCUUCUUCCAGAGCUUGCGGGAUGAGUGUGAUGAAGAUGACUCAACAUCAAGUAAAGGCCCCUUCAGAAGGCCACACUCAGGAAAAGACUUUAGAAGAGGGUUUGGCAAUAGGGGGUCGCCAGCCUGGGACAGAAGAGGUUUCCGAAUUUGUGAAGAUGAAGAUGAUUAUGUUGAUACAGAGACCAUUUUUCGAUCUGCAUUUGGUGGAAAUCGAUUCUAUCAUUGGUCAUUCCUUAAUGAAGAUGAUACUCAAUGGAGGAGCUCGUCAAGGUUCUCCAAGAACUCUUGGAAUUGGAGACACAGGAUCGAAGAAGAAUAUGAAUAUGAAUACGAAUACGAGUCAGAGAGCUUAGAAUCAAAUUUAUCUUCACACAGAUUGGCCCUUGGAUUAAGUGUUUCUGGUCCUUUGAAACUUGAAGAGGUUAAGAAUGCAUAUCGAGCAUGUGCACUAAAAUGGCAUCCAGAUCGUCAUUUAGGCUCUUCCAAGGCUGUGGCAGAGGAGAAGUUCAAGCUUUGCAGUGCAGCAUACCAAUCUUUAUGUGAUAAGCUGGCAGUGGAGUAAGGAUGCUGGUUAAUUCCUGAUGCCAAUCCAUGUAACAUAGCCAAAUCAAUUUUGAAGUAAGAAAAUAGUGCCAGUUUAGUUUAUGAAAGGUGACACUUUCUACAAUAAUUAGCCAAUGUUCUGCACUAGCAUAUGCAAUUUUGUAUUGCUGGGUGAAUGGUGGCAUUGAUCUCUUUUUUUUUUUUUUUAAUUUAUAUUUUACAUAUUUAUUUUAGGAAUAUAGGAUUUACAGAGAGGUAAUAUUUACUAGUGUUGUUGAUACCA